AUGAUAUUGUACACACCAGUUACGAAGAACAGGGCUACUCAGUGGACCCCAGUCUUUACCAACUUGAAGACACCUCUUACUACACGGCUGGCGAAGCUUCUACUUCCUAUGCACAGCCCUACUCACAAGAACCCGACACCACCGAAGCCUCGCCGACCAGCUCUGAGCCCAAUAAAUGUCCUGUUUGUGGAAAGUCCUACAGGCGGAAAUGUGAUCUUGAGUUCGUCCACCCUGCAUCACGCAUCCUCUGAGUCUUCUUUAGCUGACACCCCACCCACAAACAGCAAGCAUAUGAACAAUCACACCAAACGCCGCCAGUGCCCUUUCCGCGACUGUGAAGGUGGUGGAGCCGAGACUAAAGACCUCAAUCGACACCUGUGGACUCACCAUCCCGAAUAUGCCUCUGCAGAGAACAUCCCCAAGGACGAGGAGUGGUGCGGCUUCCAAGGGUGCGGGUAUCAUGGACGUCGGGACAAUGUGAAGAGACAUAGGGACAACCAUAACCACUGGCCUUCGGCGUAA